AUGGUUCGACUCCCACUUUGGCUGUUGCUAAGCUCAGCUGAGUCGAGUGCACGAACCACACUCAUUGCCCUUCCUGCCCUCUCCGAUCACACCUCCUCACUUGAACUCUCAUUAGCAUGCACUCUCCUCUCCCCUCCACGACUCUCUCCCCCCUCCGACUGCUCCCCUCGCAAUCCGGCCACUCCCAAGCCAACCAGUCGGACCGGCUUCCAUUGCGUCAGUCCCGGUUACGAGGGCUACAGAUGGGCAUUUGCGAACACCCACUUCUGGGACGCGAUCUAUUAUUGA